AUAAUAACAGCUAAAAAUGCAGCGACGGGGUCUCGUCGUCCCGUGCGCCCGCCGUUUACCCUCGCUCUCUCCCCAAGCUUCUCCCCCCUCAACCUCUCUCUCGAGUUCUUUGACUCUCUCUCUAAUUAAAUUCCUCUGUAUCUCUCUGCCCAUAUAAAGGAAUUUUGGGGCGAGUUGCAGAGGGUUGGGGCAGGGUCCUCCUGGGUUGCUGAGGAGAUAGAGAGAAGCGGAGAUGGAGAUUGCAUCGGCCCAGGAAGAGGAAGCGAGGAGGGAGCGCAUGCCAGAGAGCUUCCGGGCCAUGGAAGCUUCAAAUGACUCGAACAGGAGACAUAAUGAAGAGGAGGAAGAUGAAGAAGACGAUGUUUGCAGGAUCUGUAGAAACCCGGGCGAUGCUGAGAAUCCCCUUCGGUAUCCUUGCGCAUGCAGUGGAAGCAUCAAGUUUGUGCACCAAGAAUGCCUACUACAGUGGCUUGAUCAUAGCAAUGCGCGCCAGUGUGAGGUGUGCAAACAUGCAUUUUCCUUCUCUCCUGUUUAUGCUGAGAAUGCCCCAAUGAGACUCCCUUUCCAAGAGUUUCUAGUCGGGAUGGCAAUGAAAGCAUGUCAUGUCCUGCAAUUCUUUUUGCGUCUGGCUUUUGUGCUCUCAGUGUGGCUCACCAUAAUUCCCUUCAUCACAUUUUGGAUUUGGCGAUUAGCAUUUGUGAGGAGCAUUGGAGAGGCUCAGAGAUUAUUCCUUAGUCAUCUUUCUGCUGCGGUCAUUCUAACAGACUGUCUUCAUGGUUUUUUACUUUCUGCUGGCAUUGUAUUUAUAUUUCUCGGGGCCACUUCCUUGAGGGACUAUUUUAGGCAUCUUCGAGAGCUUGGUGGGGUACAAGAUGCAGAGAGAGAAGAUGAUGGCCUAGAGAGACAUGGGCCUCGUGUUAGGAGACCUCCUGGCCAAGGUGGUGCAAGGAAUCCUGCUGCUGCCGGAAAUGGCGAGGAUAAUGUUGGGGGCCAAGGGAUUGCUGGUGCUGGUCAAAUUAUUAGGAGGAAUGCAGAGAAUGUUGCUGCCCGGCUGGAAAUGCAAGCUGCACGCCUUGAAGCACAUGUUGAACAGAUGUUUGAUGGUCUGGAUGAUGCCGAUGGUGCUGAAGAUGUUCCUUUCGAUGAGCUUGUUGGCAUGCAAGGACCUGUUUUUCAUUUGGUUGAAAAUGCAAUAACUGUUCUUGCUAGCAAUGCAAUAUUUAUUGGGGUUGUAUUCUUCUUGCCUUUUUCAUUGGGACGUGUUAUACUCUUCUAUGCAUCUUGGCUUUUGCCAUCCUCCACCUCUAGCGUCAUGCUGUCAACAGUCAAGCCAGUUGCAGAGUCUGGUGUUGCCUUGGCAAACAUCACCUUGCAAACUGUUGUUACAAAUUUCUCCUCAGAUGGUGGUAAUGAAGGCUUGAUUGAUCAGGUUGUGAAGGUAGCUUCUGAAGCUCUGAAAACAAAUAUGACAGGAUUAGAUGAAGUUUCUCACUUAAAGAAUGGACUGGGACAUGCUGAAUUGUUAAAAGGGGCAGGAGCCUUGCAGCUUUCUGAUGUUGGUACACUGGUUACUGGUUAUAUGUUAAUAUUUUGUUUGGUCUUCUUUUACCUUGGGCUUGUGGCUUUGAUCCGCUACAGCAGGGGUGAACCACUGACAAUAGGCAGGUUCUACGGGAUUGCCUCCAUUGCAGAGGCCAUUCCUUCCGUUUUCAAACAGUUCUUGUCUGGAAUGAAGCAUUUAAUGACUACGGUCAAAGUUGCUUUCCUUCUUGUCAUUGAACUUGGGGUGUUCCCAUUAAUGUGUGGAUGGUGGCUUGAUAUUUGCACCAUAAGAAUGCUGGGGUCAACGAUUGCUCAGCGGGUUGAGUUUUUCUCAAUUUCACCAUCAGCAAGCUCGUUCAUACAUUGGCUUGUGGGAAUCCUUUACAUGCUACAGAUAAGCAUCUUCGUCAGCCUUCUUCGAGGGGUUCUGCGCCCUGGAGUUCUGUAUUUCCUCAGAGAUCCUGCUGAUCCAAAUUACAAUCCGUUUCGUGAUUUGAUUGAUGAUCCUGUGCACAAACAUGCUCGUCGCGUUAUGCUAUCCGUUGCAGUCUAUGGGACCUUGAUUGUGAUGCUCGUUUUUCUACCUGUCAAACUUGCUAUGCGAUUGGCUCCAUCUGUCUUUCCACUUGACAUCUCUGUUUCCGAUCCUUUUACUGAGAUCCCAGUAGACAUGUUGCUGUUCCAGAUUGCCAUGCCAUUUGCUAUUCAACACUUCAGGCUUCGUGCGACCAUUAAGGCAGUCCUUUAUCGAUGGUUUGUAGUAGCUGGAUGGGCGCUUGGGUUAACCGAUUUCUUACUGGCAAGACCUGGGGAUAAUAGUGGCCGGGAAAAUGGGAAUGCUGAGCAAGGAAGGCAAGAAAGAUUGCAUGAUGCUCGUCGAGGUGGUGUUGAGCAACAGGAGUGGGUUGUCAUAGAACAUCCAGCCAAUGGAGAUGCUAAUCGUGCAGCAGGAAACAUGGAUGCGGCUGCAGAGUCUGAUGUUGAUGAUCAGUCUGAUUCUGAAGAGUAUGGUUUUGUUAUCCGCAUCAUCUUAUUGCUAUUCUUGGCAUGGAUGACUCUACUACUUUUCAACUCAGCUUUAAUUGUGGGCCCUGUUUCUCUUGGGCGUGCUACUUUCAGCACCAUUCCAAGACUUCCAAUAACUCAUGGUGUCAAGUGUAAUGAUAUGUAUGCAUUUACCAUAGGGUGUUAUAUCAUUUGGGCUAUGGCAGCUGGGGUUGGUUAUUUGGCCGAUUAUCUCAAGACCCGGAGCACCAGAGUCCUGUUGUCCCAAACCUGGAAGUGGUGUACCAUCUUGCUAAAAAGCAGUGCCUUGUUAUCAAUCUGGGUUUUCAUCAUUCCGGUGCUUAUUGGGCUGCUAUUUGAGCUGCUUGUGGUAGUGCCGAUGCGAGUUCCAGUGGACGAAAGUCCAGUCUUCCUCCUGUAUCAGGACUGGGCAUUGGGGCUCAUCUUCCUGAAGAUCUGGAUGAGACUGGUGAUGCUGGACCAGGUGGUGCCACUUAUUGAUGAGAGCUGGCGGGUGAAGCUUGAAAGGGUGAGGGCUGAUGGCUUCUACCGUCUACAAGGUGCAUGGGUGUUGAAAGAAGUUGUGGGGCCUAUCCUCAUCAAGCUCUUGACGGUGCUUUGCGUUCCUUAUGUUCUUGCACGUGGCCUUUUCCCUGCACUAGGCUACUCUCUUGUUGUAAAUUCAGCUGUUUACAGGUUCGCAUGGGUUGGGUGCCUUUGCCUUGCUCUCCUGUGCUUCUGCAUAAGGAGGUUCCAUGUUUGGUUCACCAAUCUCCACAACUCUAUACGUGAUGAUCGCUACCUCAUUGGAAGAAGGCUCCACAACUUUGGUGAGGAUGCCCCACUCAACAACCCCUUAAAAGAUGGGGAGGUCCCUUCCACCUCUUCUUCCUUCUCUCCUAAUGAUACGUUGCUUCCACCACAGGCAGAAGUUGCGGAUUUUGGGUUGAGAGCAAGAAUUCGUAAUCAUAAUUAGUUGUAAAGAAAGGCUUAUUAAGGUUAUAGAGAAAUUAAGUUGAUGUUUCACUUUUCAUGUUGGUUUUGAUGGGGGUGAUGGAGGCUGUCUUUCUUUGCCCAGCUCUUGGCACUGGGACUCUGCUGUUUGUGCAGUCCUUGUGUAACAUGAUAGCAAUGAACAUCUUAGUUACUGUUAGAAUGAAAGAGUGAGAUGGUACUCCACCGCCUCUUCUACCCUUCUUUUUCUUUUUUUUGGGGAAGAUUGAUCUACCUAGACCUCUCUCUCUUCUAUUAGUGUAUGACUUGUAUUUUUUCUUCUGGUGCAUAACUUGUACAUUUCGUUAUUAUGAAACCAAGAACAACUUAUCAAAGCGGUAUUGGGAAUC